AGCUUAAUUGAACAAUCCUUACUGCGCCCCGUAACCGAACUAAAAAAAAAAAAAAAACAGCGGAGAGGGAAGCGUGUGACACUAGGGGACUGUACGGUCGGAGUGGUGGUGUUAGUAAGGAAUGGCAAUGCGGGCACAGCACCCCCCCCUCAGGUGAGCGCUAACCAAUGAGAGGAGACGGGAAAUUCCGCUUUUACCUUUCAGGAAACUUAUUUCACUUGUGUGCUUUGUGCAGUGAGCACUUUCCUCCACUAGAUGGCGCCCGGUGUUCCGAAGCGCUGAGCUUUGUGUGUGUUUGUGUAUAACGUGCCCCGAGCAGUCGCGCACACUCCGGAGCAGUCACACAGAUGGUAUGAGCGGCACGCUUCCCUCACUUCUCUCUGACCCGCGCCUCUCAUGCUCCUGAGCGGACACUCAGCCAGCGCUACCCAGCAGCAGCAGCAGUCCCGAGCAGAGCCCAUCUGCAGCAGCAGUAGUAGUAGUAGUAGGGGGAACCCCCCAGCAGCGGCCAGCACGGGACAGCAAUGCGCGGGGAGCAUGGCCAAAUGGAUCAAGGAACACCUGGGCUUCAAGAGCUCCAAGCCGCCGCCUCCUGCCCCUCCUAAACCGGAUUAUAGAGAGUGGCAGUCUGGGGGCGCCUCCACGCACCAUCACGUGCACUCUGCUCUCCCCCACUUUCCCGUCACUCCAGCGGGGCAGCCGGACAUCGUGGCCGCGUACAAACUGCAGAAAGAGAGGGAUUUUGAGGAUCCGUAUACAACUUGUGCCCCAGCAGGCUCCGGACAACUCAACGGUGUGACCUCCUCUGCCCCAACCUCCUCAUGUGCCCAGUCCCCUUCCUCCCCGUCACAUUCUCCUGAUGUCAAGUAUGUCUCCCCCAAGCACCGGCUCAUCAAAGUAGACACUGGGGAAAAGGGCAGUUGCAGUCCUACUGGGACCAACACAACUGGCAGCCCAGGACAAGCUUUUACUUCUCCCAGCAGUGGAGUCAGGUCUCCUCCGGCAACAUCAGUAGCCCCCCAGCUGGAGGAGAACAAGCAGGACAAAGUCGCUAUUGUUGAAGACUAUGCAGACCCAUUUGAUGCUAAGCAGGUGCCAGGCAGUCAGAAUGCACCUGAGAAAGUGACAGAGAAUGAUGGAUAUAUGGAACCUUAUGAAGCACAAAAGAUGAUGGAAGAAAUUCGAAGAAGGGGGUCAAAAGACUUAACAUGUACACCCCUACCUUUGUAUGACACCCCAUAUGAGCCAUCUGAAAAUGGAUUCGAUUCAGAAGGUGAAAAACUUACAUCUCAACGACCUCGGGAAUCUAGGCUGCCACAAGAUGACGAGAGACCCCCAGAGGAAUAUGAUCAGCCUUGGGAAUGGAAAAAAGAUCGCAUCUCCAAAGCAUUUGCUGUGGAGAUGAAAGUAAUCAAAGAUCUUCCUUGGCCUCCACCAGUGGGACAACUGGACAACCGCACAGCCAAAGCUGAAAAUGAUUUGAGCACUUCAUACUCACAGCAGACUCCAACUUCUCCACAUUUUCAGUGCCAAGCCAGCCUUGAAGACUCCAAUGCCCAGUUUGAUAGUGCUGAUAAAACAGAAAUGUCACCAGCCAAAGAGGACAAAUUCAGGCACAUGCACAGACAUUCAGCUGGAAACAUGAAGGCAAUCAAGCAUCCAAGUGUAGAACACAGCAUCUCAGUGGGAGAAAGAAUAGAUCCUUCCCUUCCUUUAGAGAGUCAAUUCUGGUACCACGGUGCAAUCAGUCGUUCAGACGCCGAGAGCCUCCUGAGGCUGUGUAAGGAAGCAAGCUACCUGGUGCGAAACAGCGAGACCAACAAGAUUGACUUUUCCUUAUCACUGAAUGGCCCGUUUGUUCAUGCUCUGGAGGAAGCUCGUCCGCACCAAGACCUAAGCCCUGAGGAGCAGCCAAGGAUUCAUGCACAUGAAGCUCUCCCGUACCAAAGAAAACAAAUAUGUCCUUGGUCAGAACAGCCCACCCUUCAACAGUGUACCUGAAAUUAUCCAUCACUACGCCAGCCAGAAAUUGCCAAUAAAUGGAGCAGAACAUAUGUCCCUGCUGUACCCAGUGGCAGUGCGGAUGCUGUAGCAAACUGCUCAAGACGCCUCUUAAAAUCAGUAUGUUGAUGGCCAAAGCCUACUCUUCAUCAUGUUGAGAUGCUGUUGGCAAAGGACUGCAAUCACCAAAUCAAUGCAACUUGUUUCUAAGGGUGACUGGGCUUUAUCAUUUUUGAUUUCAUUCCUUCCAUUUCUUUUUUUAGUUAAUUGGAGUGACGACGGGACGCUACAAUGGUACCUUUAGAGUGAAUUUCAUGAAAUUGCCAGUGGUAGAACUUUUGCUUUCUUGUUUUGUUGGGAACUUUCAGCCUUACGGUGACCUAUAAUGAAAGUAAUUCUUCUAUGGACUUACUGUAUGUGUCAAGUUCUGAAGCUAAUCUGGGACUGUACUGUCCCAAAUGUUGCAAUACAAAUAUUUAAAGUGGUUGUUAUUUAAGAUUUGUUUUAACGUCAUUCUAUUCUGUCACUUACACUGGUUAUUCACCAAAAAAAUGUACCCAAUGUUUGCAGUUUUCAUGCAUUUUACAGCAUUUCUGCAGAUGAUCAGCAAUACUUUGCAUUCUCAUCAAUCAGCAUAGGCAUUGAGAAUAACAUUUGCCAUUGCCUUCAGUUUAGUAGGGACAAUGAAUGCAAUAACAACAAAAAGUCGUUUACAUUUUAUUUUUGUAAGAUCACUAGUCCCUCUUCUUGGGAUUUCACCUGUCACCAAAUCAUAGCAAAUAUUCAACAUAUUCUAGUAAAUACCCUCAGUGCCUUCAUUACACAAAAGGCACUGGUCGUCAGUAUAUGUAAUUCCCACUAGAUGGGGCUGUUUUGUGUCAUAUGUCAAGCAUGCUCCCAAACGUCUAAUAUAACAUCACCUGGGAGGUAAAUCAUCCCUUUAGAAUGUCCAUUUUAGUAACAAACAGAAAUAAAUUGAUUGCUUCUAAAGACUUAGCCUUUGAAGAUGGACUUUGUACCCUUUUGAAGUUUACCAGAAUACCAUUAAGUACUAUUUCCAUCUGUGGUAUUUUGUAACAAGUCUGAGUAUGUUGAUUUGUUGGAAACAUUUCCGUUACCAUAACGUCUACAGUAUUUAGGUAUUGGAGAAACAGAACCAAGAGGAGAUGACAACAUCAUAGGAUAUACAACCCAUGAGAGAAAUCUGUGGCAUGGGCAGAUUCUUCUAAAUGUGCUCAUACUUAACAUUACUUAAUACUUAACAUUAAGGGGCUGUUAAUUUUCAAACUAUUGCACAGAAUAUUAUCAAUUUAUAGCAAUCUCUUUAUAUGUUCUAGUAUACACAGAGGUUUGUGUGAAAUACACCUCAAAACAUACCAGAUGCCUGGGAACAUUUAGUAGUUCCAAGCAUCAGUACAGAGAACCCCAUAUGUAGUAAAAGGUACUAAUUUUGCCCAGGAUGAGUGACCCAUAGCAACCAAUAAGAUGGGUGACCAGUAAAUGCUGCCUGUAUAUUGGUUGCUAUGGGUUACUGCUCCUGUUCAAACUAGUGACUUAUUAUAUAACCCCCAAAGGGGCUUAUUUAUCAGUCCUUAAUUGCACUGGGUAAACAGACUACUUAAACCCUUCAUCAUGGUCCCCCCAAAGCUUCAAGCAAAUGAAACAGUGGCUCAUCUUCAGUAAAGGGAUCUAUCACUUAGAGCCUUAGUAGAAAUCGCAUCAUAAUCAGCAGUUGAUUAUAAACAAAACUGCAUCCACUGCAGUGCAUAUCCCAGUACAGUCUAUGCUCUGCCAGUUGGUCUAACUGGAACUAGAUAAACAUUUGAGAGGCCUAACUGGCCUAUCUGUGUUUUUAUUGUUAUUUUAAUUGCACGUCGAUUUUGUAUCCUUAGUGUUGCACAUACAGACAAUUGAAGAUUACUGGUUGGCAUAUCUACUGGAAGCCAUGUGCAUGUAUUCCAUUUCUUGCUGGCUGUGAUUAGCUUUAUAUAGCAUGAAAUGGAUUAUAUCAACGACUUUAUGUACAACAUCCCGUUCCAGUAAAAAAAAAACAAUCUAAUCUAAAAUUUAAUUUUACAGGGCAACUAGUUUCUAUGUCUGCUAAAGAAACACUUCUGCCAAUUUCUGUUACAAAAAAAAAAAUAUAUCAAAAAGUCCUCCAUUUUUAUUCUGGUUGCCUUAAAACAUAAAGGCCCCUAACUGAUAUCUGCCGAUACAAAGAAGCAUGAAACAGACCUUUGCAAUGCUUAAGGAUAUGCCUUUAGCCAAGCUUAUUUAGUAUAUAAUAUGCAAGCAUCAUAAACAUAGAACACAGCCUGAAAUACAUACAGUGCCUUGCAAACAUAUUCAAUAUCUUAAUUUGUAAUUUCAUGGAAUUCAAUUCCAUUCAAACACUUGAAAAAUAAAAAGCUGUGGUAUGUUGUUUACAUAAGAAUGCUACUUUAAGAAAACCCGUGUCAUUCGUCUAAAAAUGGAUCUGAAGUUUGGGGGCCAGUUCAUAUUUCAGCGGGACAAUGAUCCCAAGGCCAAAGUAGCAUUGGAGUGGCUCAAGAAUAAAACAUUGAUGUAGAAGGAAAGUGUUAAUCACUGGGGGGGGGGAAAUGUUAGGUACCUCCAGUGAUUCUAAUUACUUACCUGUUAUCCCAGGCCAGUGAUUCUGUUAGUAGAAGACUGCACCGGUGAGCACCACAGAAUGGAGAUCCUCUUCCUGCUCCUUCCUUUUUUGUGUGGUUGUGCCUGUGCAGUAGAGCCAAAAUCUGAGCUGUUACAUAAAAGCCAGCUUUUUCACUCUAAUUCGCAUGCAUCAAACAGAAUAGGAUCUCUCUGUGGUGGGCUGGGAUAUUCGCAAAGUGAUUAUAAUCGUUGUGGGUGCUUAACAUUUGGCAGUGAUUGACCUUAAAAAUACAUUUUAAAAUUUAUAAAAUAUUAUAUAAUCAUAGAGUUAACUUCUUUGAUUUGUUAUUAAGUAAAAUAAAAGUUUUGGUUUAUAGCCUGAAUCCUUUUGCAGGGCCCUAUGUGGGGAAUCUAAGAAAAUUUGAAAAUAGAAGAAAAAUAAAAAAACAAUACAAAUUUCCUAAUGUAAUAUCCCUUAGACAUUUAUUACAUUGCAUUCUAGGAUCAUUUUGAAGGUGUUUUACUUGUGCAAUUGUAAUAACUUUCCAUACACUCUGCACUGGCACUAUAUAACUAUAAGGGCAGAUCAUUGUUCACAUUGCCAACAUUUGUUACAUUCCCCCAUGUAUGUUCACAGAACUCUCUGUAUAUUCCAUUGAAAUGGAAAAGACAAUGGAAAGACUUUUCUGCACUAACAACAACUACAGCAUUCUGAGCUGCAAAUCUGCUCCUGUAUUUUUUUUCUGUACACCUCAACAUAGAUUAGUAUAUAAUAGUAGCUAUUUAUACCGUACAUUCAAUCAUUAGAUAUUUGGGCUUGAUUACAAAAAUACUGGUGGGGUGACAUUGAGACGGCAAUGGGUUGAGCUAGAGAAUCCCUUCCAAAGUAAUGAGCUGUAAGCUUGCCUUGCAUUAUUGCUCUUCUCUUUCAGUGAAAAGCCUGGGUAACUCCAUUUGGUCAUUAAAAAUGUUAUUUCCAACUAUUAGUGUUUGUGUUUAUACUGCUGAUACAAUUUUGAGUUGGAAUCUAUUGCCUUGUAAAAUAAAAACUGUCUAUUUAAUAUAA